AUGACGCCAAGGAACUCAUCCACGCGUCAUCGCGGUCGACCGCCGCCAGGCGUCAAAGGUCAAUCAUCACCAGAAUAUCCAUCUUAUCGGGCUUAUCACGCAGCGUCGCGCAUUCAUCAGCUCAGCGGAAUGUGGCCAAACGAACUCUGCAAAGGAUUUGUUCCUGACAUGUGGGGGAUUCGACUUAUCGAGGGUCUCUCUGCGCUGGUGUCGCUCGUGGUGUCCAACGGAGUCGAUGUUGAGGAGGUGCGUCGCAGACUGAAAGGUCACGCGAACCACCAUCCACGCACAAAGUACCCCCAGCUUCGCAAAUCCGAUAUCCUCAAAGUCCGGAAAUGGCUUCGUGGUAUGGGGAUUGAUACCAAGCAUACAAAUCCAAAUGAGUCUGUAUCAGUGAAUGAGCAGAGCGACGAUGAGAUGGGCUACAGUGACGCGACUGAGGCAGACUCUGAACCUGUUGAUGAAAUUGUAGCUUUGGGCUUGCCCGAGGAUCAGAUAGAAGAGGAUACUGAUGAAGAGGAGGAUGAAAACGAAGAGGAGGCUGAAGAGCAAGUUGAUGAACCUGAGAAAGUUCAAGAGGAUGAAGCAGAAGAACAGGACGAGGAAGAGGAAGAAGUAGAGGAGCUGGAGGAUGAGAAUGAUCUCGACUGGGCUGCGCCAAAGAAACAGAGUACGCCCCGAGAAAGACGCCGUUCACCAGCCAAAGAAGUCGUCGAGAUCGAAGACGACGAGUCAGAUGAGGAAACAGUUGUGGAUCCAGGUGGUGAUGAAUUCAUGCCGAACGACAGUCCAGAGCCCGUACAGCUAAACGGCCAAUCUGGACCUGAUCACGGAACAUCAACGCCCAACUCUGUAUCAGUAGCCUCAACUCGCCCGCGGCGCAGUAUUCAACAGCCAUCUCGAUUGGUUUCAGAUUUACCCAGGAGUUCUGUUCAACAAAGCACUGGCUCCGCAGAGUACACAUCUGCGACUCUCGCUGUUAGGAGUCCCCCGGGCUCACAACAACAAACACCAAGUUCUCAAGUACCGGUGCCCAAACCUGCAACUUCCCAGGGCGAUAUGCGCCCUCCUCAACAACCUACACCAACUGCCUCUCCAGCAAACACAAUCCAGAACUUUGUGAAGCCUCGCCCACAAUCACAUACAGUAGUGCCUCUUCCUCCGAUCCCUGGUACUAAAAGUGCAACGCAACUCCCACGAUCCAAUAGCCAGCCAUCGGCCUCAACCUCCGCUUCAAAUUCUCAAGGCUCCGCAACUCCCCGCACACAAGCAAGCUCUCAGCCAUUGGCGUCGCCCCGCACCAGUGCUACCUCUUUGACUCCUCAGCAACAAUCGGGCAACUGGUUAUCGGCAUCAAACCCCGUGGCUCCUCAAGGUGCUUACAACCAAUUGGCGAGCAGUCAGCAAUCGACGCCUCAUCACCUGGCUCCAUCUCGGGGUAAUAAGCGCCCGGCUGAAUCAUCACCAACAACAUCAUAUGCAAGUAAUACUCCAUCGAACGCUUCGCGAUCUGGAGCAAAGAGGCAAAGGUCAUCUAAUGCUGUACCGCAUCGUCAGUCUCAAGUGUCUAGAGCAAUCAAUUGGGACGCAGUUUUGCCGUCUGGAGAUGAAUUCAAGGAAAGCUUGAAACAUGCCUCCGAUGCCAUAAAGCCAGUUCUGCGCAAGUUCGAAGAGCUAUUGGCCGACAUCAACGACGAGCAACGUAAGCUAUCUGCCGUUCAGAGCAGCCUUUUCCAGAAAAAGAAUGAUUACACAAACGACCAAAAGAAAGCUCAGGAUGCCCUCAAAGACGUCGAGAACUCCACAGCCAACGAAAACACAACGCUAAGAGGUCUUGAGGAAGUUUACCAGCAGAACCCCGGGGAUGCUGAGCUCCGCACCUUCAUCAACAAGAGGAAGCAGACUAUUCUCGAGCACAAAGAGGUAUACGUUAUUGUCAAAAGCCAGCUCGACAAGAGUAUCGCUGGAAUAUACAAGACCGAUCAUGAGAUUGCGCUUGUUACUAAGAGGCUUGGGCAGCUUGAUGCUGAAAGAGCGGAUGUUCUGAGAGAGAAGGAGGGUGUUGACAAGGCGGCGAAGAGGGUGACGAUCAUGUCGAAAUUCAUGGAGCCUUCAUGGCAGGCUACGCUGGACAUGCUUCUGCAGUCUGUGGGCCCUGAGGUUCUGGAGAAGGCUUUCUGA